AUGCAUAUCGAUCAGAACACGGUGCAGACGUCACAGGAGGUGAAGAUAUCGCCCAUGCAAAAGAGCUGCAAAUUCAGCGGCAGUUUGAACCAGGACAUAAGAACGGUACUCAUGAUGGGCAAGGAGCUAUCACCAGCCAAGGUUCUCCUGCAGGCAGCAUAUUUGGCCGCCCGAAGCGACAUUGGCAGGCUAGCUUGUCUUGCACGCCGGAACGACCAUGUUUUGCGCCCCGAGAUUCUACUUCGCGUGCUUCUUACAUAUCUCCCAGAGACAGUGGAACCGCGCGUAUAUACCGAGUUUUUGCGCAAUGUUGCGGACGGAGAAACGCGAAUCCCGGCCGAUCUUGAGUUAGAUACCUCACCCUUCGACACCACCAGCGAUGAAACCGCGACAAAGCAGGCAAAGAAGCUUCGCCUUUUACCUUUAUCGAGAGACAAGGCAGAAAGUGGCGACAAGGGCGAUGUUCUUUGCGAAUUCAUUUUCUCAAGAGCAUACAGAAUUAACACUGAAAUGGGAGCAUUAUCACAGUUGCCCGAACUUCUCCAACCAUUUCUCGACUACCCCUCCAUAAAGCAAUGGGCCGCCUCAACGGUGUAUCCAUUUGUGAGACGCAAUUGCCAAUAUCACACAAACGCCUCAUCACAGUAUACUCUGUUUGAAUUUGAGAACAUCCCUGACCAAACCGCGGCGAUAUUUCUGCUUUCUGAGUCCAAUACCGGUGAUGGAAGGGCCACUGGGCGAGAUCUCCGAGGAUUGGUUGCACCAUGGCUAUAUAAUGAUAUGCGCUGGCAACAAAGCGCCGCGUCAGUGGGCGCUACUGGGGUAAACUGUCCGGGAUGGGAACAAGUCCUGGAUACUAUAUUGUCAUGGGCAACGAAAUCCUGGGGAAAUGUGGCUGGUGCGAUCACAGACUGGGAAGGGCCACGCGACGUAUACUUUGGCGAGAAUCUUACGAUGAGUCUUUCGGAUGACAGGAUCCAAUAUCUUCAGACGACAUAUGCUACGACGGCUAUUGCCUGCGUCUACAGCACCGCCGAGUCAAGUGAGGAAGCCUUGCGCAGUGCAUACCAAGUAUGUUGCGAGACUCGCAAGCGACUUGAUAAAACGGACUUGCCCCCAACACUAGAGAUGAUCAUGUCGGACUUUUCACACCUACCAGUCUUCCAAACGACGCUCAGUGGCGAUUCUAGGAUGGCCACAUUUCUGCGCGAAGACUUGCUCAAAACAUCAAAUCCCCUCACUUCAGUAGCACCCGAAUCUCUCAAACUGGUAACCGCGCUCACAAUUAGCGCGUACCUUUCUACGUCCUUAGGUGUGUCAUGGUCCGUGCGGAAAGCAGGAGACCUACUCUUCAUUGGAGAUGCAAGAGAACAAAAAGGCGAGCUUAGCAAACUGCUUCGAGCUAUAGCCAGAGAAGCACGACACGGUGAUGAUAGCUAUUGGAAACGGUCGAGAGAUGCCAUUAUAUGGCUUUCUAAUUGGGGCCAUAAUGACAACAAAGAGCUGUCAUCACAUUGCUAUGGGCCGCUGGGCAUGGUCUCUAGGGAGCAUAUCGAGACCGAAGUUCUAAAGAUCCUGUUAUCCAAGACAAGGUAUUCAUUAUCCAGGGAGAUAUAUGAAAAUGUCAACGAGCCACUGCCUCGAGGCAAGCUUCAGGAUGUUGUAUACCAUUCUGCUUUGGAUGCCUUUGACAAUGCCUCAAAUCUGAACAGAACUCGCGGCGGACUUAGGAAAUGCGAUGAGAUAAUUCAUUUACUCCCGGAAAUGCUGGAGAAAUCUUCCCAGCCGGUCAAAAGGGUGGAGGCGCUCCUCAGAGCUAGCCAUGCGCUGAGCGACUACCGCCUUGUUCUCAAGCAAGGCGAGCCCUUCAGCCCAGUUGUACUUCGAGUACACUCUGACCCGAUUAGUAUAAUAGAGAAAGUGCUAAACCAGAAUCCGAAAGCUUACACACGCAUCCACGAGUUUCUGGAGAUGGGAGCCAACAUGGUACAUGCUGGCCUGACUUCCCAUGGCUCGUCAAGGACGGUAGCAGCAACAUCGUCGGAGAUUGAAGAGGGACUUUUUAUUGCCGAAAGGCGAAUAGCGGCAAUGUGCAUUGAAGCGGCGUUGAACGAGGAUGACUUCGAAACAGCUUACUCGUACGUUGUUAGUCGGCUCGGAAAUAGUGCGACAACGCUGGCUACUCACACAGUUACUCUAUUCGAUACGUGGUCAUGGGCGGCAGCCCUGAAAGCCGGACAGUAUAUUCGGACAGAGCGAUCACAACAACCGACGCAUCUGGGAACAGCUAGCGGCAAUCUUGAAAUACGUCACCUCGAGCAAAGAAUCGAGUGCUUAGCCAUGGCAAUUCGCGCAGCCCCAGCGGCCGAACUUCGUCAAAUUUUGAAGAGCUUUCGUCGAUGUGAAGAGCAGCUAGACUCAGCAAUCAGGGAAGAAGCAGCGAGCGAGACGGCAUGGGAUUCCGCAGGAGAUUUUAGUGCACUGCCCGGUAACUUCGAGCGUCCGGUGCAGCGACAAGGGCAGCCUCCUCGCAAUAUGGUCUCUGGUGCAGCAGCAAAGCAGGGAGAGGAGGCCCCAAUGUCACUGUUCGACCUGUCUCGAGCUACUGCGAGAAUUGCGCAACGCAACCUCACUGCUCUGUCUAGUCUUCAAGGUAUGCCGCCGCCAGCUGGAAACACAAUCGUUUCGCGGGAGCAAUCGGAAACUCGUACAAGGAAAAGAGACCAAUUGCGAGAAGCCGCUACCGGGACACUCGUAUCUGGUGUUGGUUGGCUUAUUGGCGCGAAAGUAAACGGAGGAAAUCAAUGA